AUGUUAGGCCGCUCUCGCAAAACCUCGGAUCCUCGAUCGCGGAGACCGUUCGCCAUUAUCGGGCCGCGACAAAAACAUAACACCUCAAAAAACAAUCAAAGGCGCCGCGGCGCGGAUCAGAAGCGCCGAGUUCGCGACAAUUACUCCCCCGCAGCCGAGGAAACUCAUUUUCCAAAGAUUACAAGCCGAGAGCUUAUUACACCGACGCAGAAACCGUUUACCGACGCGCCCCAGGAGCGCGGCCUUGUAUCUACGCGAGUAAGGAUCGAAAUCGAGGCGUAG